GCCAGGUACCGCGGGGUGGAGGAGACGCCACGGUACGCCUCAAGCGCGCGUGUCAGCAGAGGCCGCGUCGCCGCGGCGGAAGGGCCCGGACCUCUCUAGUUCUAGCCCUGCCGCGGUAGCUUUCCGGAAAGGCGGAGGGUCUGGCGGGGUGACUGGGCUGGCGAAGGGCCGUGGCGCCUGCCGGGUCCGUCUCCCACCCCCGGGGUCCCCGCUCGCCUCUGGCUGCCACCUCGUUCUCCCACCUCACCUGGCCAGCGUCCGCCUGUGCCUCCCGACCCUGCAAGAUGCUGGAGUCCUAUGUAACGCCAAUUUUAAUGAGCUACGUGAAUCGCUAUAUCAAGAACUUAAAGCCUUCGGACCUCCAGCUUUCUCUGUGGGGUGGAGACGUGGUUCUCAGCAAACUCGAGUUAAAGUUAGAUGUCCUGGAACAGGAACUGAAAUUACCAUUUACCUUUUUAAGUGGACACAUUCAUGAAUUGAGGAUUCAUGUACCAUGGACAAAACUGGGUUCAGAGCCAGUGGUAAUUACCAUCAAUACAAUGGAAUGCAUUUUAAAACUAAAAGAUGGAAUACAGGAUGACCAUGAAAGCUGUGGUUCUAAUUCCACUAACCGUAGUACUUCAGAGAACACAAAAUCAUCAAUAAAACCUCGAAAAGUUCAACAGUCUGCUCCUACAGAUCCUGAUUUGCCACCAGGGUAUGUACAGAGUCUGAUUAGACGAGUUGUAAAUAAUGUAAACAUUGUUAUAAAUAAUCUCAUACUAAAGUAUGUUGAAGAUGAUAUUGUUCUUUCAGUCAACAUUACUUCUGCAGAAUGUUAUACAGUGGGUGAAUUAUGGGAUCGUGCUUUCAUGGAUAUUUCUGCAACUGAUCUGGUGCUGAGAAAGGUUAUCAAUUUUUCUGAUUGUACAGUUUGUCUUGAUAAACGAAAUGCCAGUGGUAAAAUAGAAUUUUACCAGGAUCCUUUAUUAUAUAAAUGUUCCUUCAGAACUCGCCUGCAUUUCACAUAUGAUAACCUAAAUUCCAAGAUGCCAUCUAUUAUUAAAAUUCAUACUUUAGUAGAGAGUUUAAAACUUUCUAUCACAGAUCAACAGCUGCCUAUGUUUAUCCGUAUAAUGCAGCUUGGGAUUGCUCUUUACUAUGGAGAAAUAGGCAAUUUUAGGGAUUGUGAAACGGAGGACCCUACCUGUCACAGUAAAGACAUGUUAGGAAACAUUACAGGUGCUGAAGAUGAAACAAGAAUAGAUAUGCAGUAUCCUGCUCAGUACAAAGGCCAAGAGUUGUAUUCACAACUAGAUGACGAGCAGCCACAGGGAUGGGUAUCGUGGGCUUGGUCAUUUGUUCCUGCAAUUGUGAGUUAUGAUGAUGGCGAGGAAGACUACCUGGGGCACGAUUCUACACCAACCAUGCAUCAACAGAAAGUACAAACUCUGAAGGAUCCCAUUGUUUCUGUAGGAUUUUACUGUACAAAGGCAACUGUGACUUUCAAACUCACUGAAAUGCAAGCUGAAAGUAGCUAUUACAGUCCCCAAAAGGUAAAAUCUAAAGAAGUAUUGUGUUGGGAACAAGAAGGAACUACAAUUGAGGCUCUUAUGAUGGGAGAGCCUUUCUUUGACUGCCAGAUUGGGUUUGUAGGUUGCAGAGCCAUGUGUCUGAAAGGAAUUAUGGGGGUUAAAGAUUUUGAAGAAAAUAUGAACAGAAGUGAAACUGAAGCAUGUUUCUUCAUUUGUGGUGAAAAUCUGAGUACAAAAGGUUUGACAUACCUUACAAAUUCAUUAUUUGAUUAUCGAAGCCCAGAAAAUAAUGGUACCCGUGCAGAAUUUAUCUUGGAUGCAACUCAUCAUAAGGAGACUUACACUGAGAUUGCUGGAAUGCAAAGAUUUGGAGCUUUUUAUAUGGAUUACCUCUAUACAAUGGAAAACACUAGUGUCAAAGAAAUUAAAGAUGAAAAUCAAACUAUUCUGAAUCCUGAAGAAGUAGCUUCUCUGGAGGAAUAUAUUCCUACUCGACAUACAAGUGUUACUUUCCUUAAAUGUACCUGCACGAUUUUUAUGGCUGAGUUUAACUUGCUAGAUCAUUUGCUUCCUGUCAUUAUGGGAGAAAAGAACUCAAGUAACUUCAUGAAUACUACAAACUUCCAGUCAUUUCGGCCUUUGCCAUCCAUUCAGAUACUGGUGGAUAAAGUUAAUAUGGAACAUUCUGUCCCGAUGUAUGCAGAACAGUUAGUGCACAUGGUCAGCAGCCUGCCUCAAGCUUCUGAUAAUCUGCUUCAUUACUGCUAUGCACACUGCUACCUUAAGAUAUUUGGUUUCCAGGCAGGACUGACAUCUUUGGAUUAUAAUGGUUCUUACUGCUUACCCGUCCAAAUCAUUCCCUCCUUCAGCACUGCUCUUUAUGGUAAACACCUGAAACUCCCCACUUGCUGGACCAAACAAUCUCAGAUUGUCAUUACUGAAGGUAUAUUUGAACUUCCAAAUCUUACAAUUCAAGGUACAAGAGCCCAGACACUUAUGCUGCAGGCAAUCUAUCAAAGUUGGUCUCAUAUUGGAAAUGUGAACUCUUUAGCAGUGAGUGAAGCUUUGAUGAAUGAAGUCUUCCAAACUACAAGUGUGAAAUCUAAGAAUCCCCUGCCAACUCUUGAGGGCUCAAUCCAGAAUCUUGAAUUGAAGUACUGCAGCACAUCAUUGGUCAAAUGUGCCUCUGGGACCAUGGGAUCAAUAAAAAUUUGUGCCAAAGCCCCAGGCGACAGUGGAAAAGAGAAGUUGGUUCCUUUGCUUCAAGGUCCCUCUGACACUAAAGACCUUCAUAGUACCAAGUGGCUCAAUGAGACUAGAAAGCCAGAAUCUCUUUUAGCUCCAGAUUUGGUAGCCUUCACUAUCCAAGUUCCACAACAUAUGGACUACUGCCACAGUUCUGGUGCUGUACUUCUUUGUAGUAUUCAAGGACUAGCAGUUAAUCUUGACCCAAUAUUACAUACAUGGCUUAUCUACCAGCCUCAGAAACGAACAAGUAGACACAUGCAACAGCAGUCUGUGGUAACUGUCCCACUUGUUAUGCCAGUUAACAGAAGGAAAGAGGAUGAAUUAUCUGUUGGUAGUGCACCUUUAGCAAAGCAACAGUCAUAUCAGGCCUCUGAAUAUGCCAGCAGCCCUGUGAAAACAAAAACAUUAACAGAAUCCCGACCAUUGUCAGUUCCUGUAAAAGCCAUGUUGACUAUAUCUGAAGGCUGUAGAAGUCCUGAAGAAAGAAUGAAAGAAUUCAUUGGAAUGGUAUGGAAUGCAGUGAAGAGUCUCACACUACAGCUUGAAUUACAAUCUUGUUGUGUGUUCAUUCCAAAUGAUAGUCUGCCUUCCCCAAGUACAAUUGUAUCUGGUGACAUUCCUGGAACAGUAAGAAGUUGGUACCAUGGCCAGUGCAGCAUGCCAGGAACACUUAUCCUCUGUCUACCUCAAAUAAAAGUUAUUAGUGCUGGUCACAAAUAUAUGGAACCUCUGCAGGAAAUCCCUUUUGUUAUCCCACGGCCCAUCCUUGAAGAAGGUGAUGCUUUUCCUUGGACCAUCAACUUACAUCACUUCAGCAUAUAUACCCUUCUUGGAAAACAAGUAACACUUUGUCUUGUGGAACCUAUGGGUUGUACCUCUACUCUAGCUGUAACAUCUCAGAAACUACUUCCUACAGGACCUGAUGUGAGACAUUCAUUUGUUGUCUGUCUCCAUGUUGACCUAGAAUCACUGGAGAUAAAAUGUUCAAAUCCCCAGGUCCAACUCUUUUAUGAACUAGCUGAUACCAUGAAUAAGGUCUGGAAUAAGAUUCAGAAGAGAAGCAACCUCAGUCCAUCUUCAGUCUACCCAGAGACAGUGGCAGGCCCUGUUCCUAGUUCUCCAGUUCGAAGCAGUGUAGGUACAGCUCCUCCAGAUACUAGCACAUGCAGCCCAUCUGGAGACAUUGGAACUACUACUGAGGGUGAUUCUAUCCAAGCAGGCGAUGAUUCACCAUUCUCAGAUUCUGUUACCUUGGAACAAACUACUAGUAACAUUGGUGGAUCCAGUGGUCGUGUUAGUCUCUGGAUGCAGUGGGUGCUCCCUAAAAUUACUAUAAAGCUCUUUGCUCCAGACCCUGAAAAGAAAAACACAGAGGUUUGUAUGGUCAGUGAGCUAGAAGAUCUCAGUGCUUCCAUAGAUGUGCAGGAUGUAUAUACCAAAGUGAAAUGUAAAAUAGAGAGUUUCAAUAUUGAUCACUAUAGAAGCAGGCCAGGGGAAGGUUGGCAGUCAGGACAUUUUGAAGGAGUAUUUCUGCAGUGCAAAGAAAAACCUGUGACAACUACAAAACUUCUAGAUGGCACUCAUCAGCAGCAUGGAUUUCUAUCUUUGACAUAUACAAAAGCCGUAACAAAAAAUGUCCGCCAUAAAUUAAUAUCAAGAAAUGAGCGAAGAAGUUUUCAUAAGUUCUCUGAAGGUUUGACAGAUGGUUCUCCUCAUUUUCUUCAUGAAAUUCUUCUUUCAGCACAAGCCUUUGAUAUUGUCCUUUGUUUUCCUUUACUAAAUGCCAUUGCAAGUAUAUUUCAAGCCAAACUACCAAGGACCCAAAAAGAGAAAAGAAAAUCUUCUGGUCAGCCUAUGAGGACUCAUACAUUGACUUCACAUAAUUUACCUUUGAUUUAUAUAAACACAAGUGUAAUCAGAAUUUUUUUCCCCAAAACAGAAGAAAUACAGUCAACUGUUGGAGUUACUCCGGCAGCAUUCGAAGACACCAUGGUUUUGAAGAUAGGCUCUGUUGCUAUGGCUCCUCAAGCUGACAAUCCUCUUGGAAGGUCUGUCCUCAGAAAAGAUAUUUACCAGAGAGCUUUGAACUUAGGAAUUCUUCGAGAUCCUGGGUCAGAAAUUGAAGAUAGACAAUACCAAAUAGACCUGCAGUCCAUCAAUAUUGGUACUGCUCAAUGGGAUCAGCUAAAACCAGAAAAAAAAAGUGCCACAGGGGGUGUGUUAACAGAGAAUGAAAGGAAUUCUCAAAAUCCAGCCCUUGAAUGGAAUAUGGCCAGCAGUAUACGGCGACAUCAAGAAAGGAGAGCUAUUUUGACCCCCAUUUUGACAGACUUCUCUGUUCGAAUUACUGCAGCACCUGCCAUUAUUUUCACCAAAAUCAGUUCUCCAGAAAAUCUACAUAUUGAGGAGAUUUUAGUGUGUGGCCAUUCCUUGGAAGUAAAUAUAACCACAAAUCUGGACUUCUUCCUAAGUGUGGCUCAAGUUCAACUCUUACAUCAGUUAAUGGUAGCAAAUAUGACUGGAUUAGAACCAUCAAACAAGGCCACAGAGAUGUCUAAACAAGAACAGAAAGAACUGGAUGCAUUUGAUGGUGGCAUAGCUGAAACCUGGUCUCGGUAUAGUGGUGCCCAGGACAGUGGAAUUGGCAGUGACAGCGUUAAAAUCAGAAUAGUGCAGAUAGAGCCACACAGUGGUGCCAGUCAGCACCGCAUUGCUCGUCCCUCACGCCAGUCGUCAAUUGUAAAAAAUCUAAAUUUUAUUCCCUUUGACAUAUUUAUUACUGCAAGUAGAAUCUCACUAAUGACAUAUUCCUGUAAAGCCUUACCCAAAUUGAAAUCACAAGAACAGAAAGAAGGUGAAAAAACAGGCAAGAGUUCAUUGAAUUUCCCAGAAGUUGAUUCAGAUGCUGCUAAGCCUGAUCAGGCAUGUAUUUCCACUGUGACAGCAGAAGAUCUCUUAAGCAGUAACACUCCUUUCCCUUCUGGGAAGAAAAUAGGGGUUCUUUCUCUUGAAAGUCUCCGUGCAUCUACAAGGUCAUCUGCUAGACAAGCUCUUGGCAUAACAAUUGUUCGGCAGCCUGGUCGACGAGGAAAUGGUGACUUGGAGCUAGAACCGUUUCUGUACUUUAUUGUGUCCCAGCCUUCCUUGCUUCUGAGUUGUCACCACAGAAAACAGCGAGUGGAAAUAUCCAUUUUUGAUGCUGUGCUUAAAGGGGUAGCUUCUGAUUAUAAAUGUACAGAUCCUGGGAAGACUCUGCCUGAAGCCCUUGAUUACAGUACUGUGUGGUUGCAGACAGUACCUGGAGAAAUAGACAGCAAAAGUGGUAUUCCACCUUCCCUUGUAACUCUACAAAUUAAAGACUUCCUUAAUGGUCCAGCUGACAUCAACUUGGAUAUAUCAAAGCCUUUGAAAGCAAACCUAAGUUUUACCAAAUUGGAUCAGAUAAAUCAGUUUUUGAAGAAGAUAAGAAAUGCACACAGCUUUGCACCUAGUGAAGAAACCUCAAUUGUGUCAGAUACUACAUUGAACAAAGAGGAGCAUCCAGUAUCCAAAUGUUACCGUGGAAAAUUGUCUACACCUAAAAUUCAUGGUUAUGGAAUAGAGAAGAUUUCAUUUCAAGAAAACAUGUGGAAUACUAUUUCCUGCUUUCAAAAAAUUUCUGUCCACACUACUCAGAUUGUGGUCUCUAUGGAAACUGUCCCCCAUGCUGAUAAACCAUGUCUGUUAGCAUCCCUAUCCAACCUCAGUGGAAGCCUUAAUGUCAGAGCAGCGCAAAAAGCGCCUGGUGUAAUUCUUGGAGUGUCAUUUCUACUCGACAUAAAUGAUUUUCUCCUUAAAACAAGUCUCAGAGAAAGAAGUCGGAGUCUGAUAGGACCAUUUUGUGCAACUUCCAGUCUGGAGGCCAAAUGGUGUAAACACAGUAGCAAUCCAGGCCCAGAACAAUCCAUACCAAAAAUAUCCAUCGAUUUAAGAGGUGGUCUGCUCCAGGUCUUUUGGGGUCAAGAACAUUUGAAUUGUUUAGUUCUUCUACAUGAAUUGUUCAGUGGAUAUCUUAAUGAGGAGGGAAACUUUGAAGUACAAGUUUGUGAACCAGCAUCUCAAAUGCCAUCUUCUGUGGAAAAAAAUCAGAACUUUAAAAGUGAGCAAAGUUCAGACGACCUACGAACAGGUCUCUUCCAGUAUAUACAAGAUGCUGAACCUCUGAAGCUGCCUGGUGUCUAUGAAGUCUUGUUUUAUAAUGAAACAGAAGAUAGCCCAGGGAUGAUGUUAUGGAGAUAUCCAGAACCUCGAGUGCUUACCCUGGUAAGAAUAACUCCUGUGCCCUUCAACACCACAGAGGAUCCAGAUAUCAGCACAGCAGACCUAGGUGAUGUGCUACAGGUUCCUUGUAGUUUGGAAUACUGGGAUGAACUUCAGAAGGUUUUUGUUGCGUAUCGAGAAUUUAGUCUAUCUGAAAGCAAAGUUUGUGAUCUGCAGUUGCCAGAUAUCAAUCUUGUAAAUGAUCAGAAGAAACUGGUAUCCUCUGAUCUUUGGCGAAUUGUCUUGAACAAUAAUCAAAAUGGAGCUGAUGAUCAAAGCUCUGCAAGUGAAUCUGGUUCUCAAAGCACUUGUGAUCAACUUGUUACUCCAACAGCCCUGGCCGCCUGUACUAGAGUUGACUCCUGUUCCUCCCCAUGGUUUGUCCCAUCUCUUUGCAUGUCCUUUCAGUUCACGCACAUGGAGUUCCACCUUUGCCAUCACCUUGAUCAACUAGGCACAGCUUCACCACAGUUUCUAAAGCCAUUUAUUUCUGAUAAAAAUGUGCCAUCUGAACUAGAAUAUAUGAUCAUUUCCUUCAGAGAACCACAGAUGUAUCUUCGACAGUGGAGUAGUAGUUCUGUCUGCCAGGAAAUCCGGUUCUCAGCUCAAGUGGAUUGUAAGCUUCUAGAGUGUAGAAAUGUCACACUGCAAAGUGUGGUGAAACCUUUCAGCGUCUUUGGACAAAUUGAGCUUUCCAGUGAUGCAGUGAAUAAGAUGCUUGAUUGUACCAUGACAGUGGACUCGGUGUUUGUAAACUUUGGACAGCACGUAGUUCAUUCUCUAAAUACUGCUCUACAGGCUUGGCAACAGAACAAAUGCCCUGAGGUAGAGGAGUUGGUCUUCAGCCACUUUGUGAUCUGUAAUGACACACAGGAGACACUGCGGUUUGGCCAGGUGGAUAGUGAUGAAAAUAUUCUGCUGGCAAGUCUCCAUAGUCACCAGUACAGCUGGCGCUCUCACAAAUCCCCACAGCUGUUACACAUCUGUAUUGAAGGUUGGGGCAAUUGGCGUUGGUCUGAGCCCUUCAGUGUGGACCAUGCUGGGACAUUCAUUAGAACAAUUCAGUACAAGGGCCGAACUGCUUCCCUCAUCAUCAAGGUUCAACAACUCAGUGGAGUACAAAAGCAGAUUAUCAUCUGUGGAAGACAGAUCAUCUGUAGUUAUUUGUCGCAAAGCAUAGAACUGAAAGUCGUUCAGCAUUACAUUGGUCAAGAUGGUCAAGCUGUAGUUCGAGAACAUUUUGACUGCCUCACCGCAAAACAGAAAUUACCUUCAUACAUAUUAGAAAACAAUGAAUUGACAGAGUUGUGUGUUAAAGCCAAAGGAGAUGAAGAUUGGUCAAGAGAUGUGUGCCUGGAUCCCAAAGCUUCUGAGGACAGCAUUGUCAUUCAGGUGCCAGCUUCAGACAGUUCUAUUAUUUAUGUCUGGUGCACAGUUUUGACUUUGGAACCCAACUCUCAAGUGCAACAACGAAUGAUUGUGUUCAGCCCUCUUUUUAUCAUGAGGAGUCAUCUUCCAGAUCCCAUUAUCAUACAUUUGGAGAAAAGGAGUCUGGGAUUGAGUGAAACACAGAUUAUUCCAGGAAAAGGACAGGAAAAACCACUGCAGAACAUAGAACCUGACCUUGUACAUCACCUAACAUUUCAAGCAAGGGAAGAAUAUGAUCCUUCAGAUUGUGCUGUUCCCAUUUCAACAGCACUUAUUAGGCAAAUAGCCACUAAAAUCCACCCUGGAGGCACAGUUAAUCAAAUCCUUGAUGAUUUCUAUGGGCCCGAAAAGUUCCUUGUCCCCACAUGGCCCUAUAACAAGAAGGAUUCUGACAGGAAUGAACAGCUGAGUCAGUGGGAUAGCCCAAUGCGAGUGAAGCUGUCAAUCUGGAAGCCAUAUGUUAGAACAUUGUUGAUAGAACUUCUACCCUGGGCCCUGCUUAUCAAUCAGUCCAAGUGGGACCUCUGGCUAUUUGAAGGCGAGAAGAUUGUUCUGCAGGUUCCUGCUGGCAAAAUUAUUAUCCCUCCUAAUUUUCAGGAGGCUUUUCAAAUUGGAAUAUAUUGGGCAAAUACAAACACUGUCCACAAGUCAGUAGCAAUUAAAUUGGUUCAUAACCUGACAUCUCCAAAGUGGAAAGAUGGAGGCAAUGGUGAAGUUGUGAUAUUGGAUGAAGAAGCAUUUGUUGAUGCAGAAAUAAGACUUGGUGCUUUCCCAGGACAUCAGAAGUUGUGUCAGUUCUGUAUUUCCUCCAUGAUACAGCAAGGUAUACAAAUUAUUCAGAUUGAAGACAAGACUACAAUCAUCAAUAAUACACCAUAUCAAAUAUUUUAUAAACCACAGUUAUCUGUCUCUAAUCCCCAUUCUGGAAAGGAGUAUUUUCAUGUUCCAGACAGUGCUACUUUCAGUAUUUGCCCGGGUGAGGAGCAGUCUGCUAUGAAAUGCAGCUCUCUUCCUUGUUGGGAUUUCAUGCCUGACAUUGGGUCAUCAGUGUGGGAUGUAUCCCUUCUUCAGAAACAGAUCUUGCUGGGCUUUUGCCCUACAGCAGAUGCUGACAGCUCGCAGUGCUGGAGCCUACCAGCUAUAGUUAAACAAGAGUUUCCCAGACAAAGCGUGGCAGUGCCCUUUGGGAACUUAAGGGAAAAUGGAUUCUGUUCCAGGGCUAUAGCACUGACAUACCAAGAACACUUUGGAGUGACUUACUUAACCCUCUCAGAAGACCCCAGUCCUCGAGUAAUUUUUCACAACAGAUGUCCAGUAACAUUGCUUAUAAAGGAAAAUAUUAAAGAUACUCCAAAGUUUGAAGUUUAUUGCAGAAAAAUUCCUUUUGAGAGUUCAAUGCAUCAUGAGCUAUAUCAUCAUAUUUCCAGUUAUCCAGAUUGUAGGACCAAAGAUUUACUUCCUAGUCUUCGUUUGAGAGUAGAAUUGCUGGAAGAAAUAACAACUGAAUGGAGUGACGCCAUUGAUAUCAACAGUCAGGGAACACAGGUUGUAUUCCUCACUGGUUUUGGCUAUGUGUACGUGGACAUUGUGCAUCAGUGUGGCACAAUCUUCAUCACUAUGGUCCCUGAAGGAAAAGCAGGAUUUAUUUUAACCAAUAGCAACAGAACUCUGGAAAAGAUGAUUACCUUUAAAAUGUUUGUCACUCAGUUGAGCCUGGCAAUAUCUGAUGACCUCACUCACCCCAGAGCAUCGUCUGAACUUCUGAGGCUCACACUAGACAAUGUUUUUCUCCACGUGGCCCCUGUAGCCACUGCCCUCUCUGGGGAAGAGCCUGUGGCCACUCUCUUCCAGCUUUACUCUGUGGAAGUCUUCUGUGGGGACCUGCAGCUGGACAACCAGCUUUACAACAAGUCCAAUUUCCACUUCGCUGUUUUGGUCUGCCAAGGAGAGAAAACAGAACCUAUUCAGUGCUCCAAAAUGCAGAGUCUCCUUGUCUCCAGCAGGGAUUUGGAAGAAUACAAGGAGAAUUGCUUCAUCAAACUUCACAUCACAGUAACUGAUGGCAGUAGCUUUCUGCUUGAUGUCCAUGAGUUCAGUUUCGAACUGAAGCCUGCCCGGUUAUAUGUGGAGGACACAUUUGUGUACUACGUUAAAACUUUGUUUGAGACUUACCUUCCUCACAGCAGACUGGCUAGCCAUGCCACACAGCUCUCUGGGGAUAGACAAGUGCUGCCUCCACAGGUGAGACAGCAUGCCAGGGCCUUAGUGAACCCGGUGAAGCUACGGAAGCUGGUCAUCCAGCCCGUGAACCUGCUUGUCAGCAUCCACGCUUCCCUCAAGCUGUACAUAGCCUCCGACCACACUCCUCUCUCCUUCUCAGUGUUUGAAAGAGGACCCAUCUUCACCACCGCAAGACAGCUGGUCCACGCCCUGGCCAUGCACUACGCUGCUGGGGCUCUGUUCAGAGCAGGCUGGGUGGUGGGGUCUCUGGAAAUCCUUGGCAGCCCGGCAAGCUUGGUGAGAAGCAUAGGAAAUGGGAUCUCGGACUUCUUCAGGCUUCCCUAUGAGGGGCUGACUCGAGGCCCAGGAGCCUUUGUGAGCGGAGUUUCCAGAGGGACAACAUCAUUUGUGAAGCACAUUUCUAAAGGUACCCUGACCUCCAUCACCAACCUGGCCACCAGCCUGGCCCGAAACAUGGACCGGCUCUCACUGGAUGAGGAGCACUUCCACCGGCAGGAAGAGUGGCGGCGACAGCUCCCAGAGAGUCUGGGCGAGGGGUUGCGACAGGGCCUCUCCCGGCUGGGAAUCAGCCUACUUGGUGCAAUUGCUGGUAUAGUUGAUCAGCCAAUGCAGAACUUCCAGAAAACAUCAGAGGCCCAGGCUUCAGCAGGGCACAAGGCCAAGGGUGUCAUCUCAGGUGUGGGGAAAGGAAUAAUGGGAGUGUUCACAAAACCCAUCGGGGGAGCUGCCGAGCUUGUUUCACAGACUGGCUAUGGUAUUUUACAUGGAGCUGGACUUUCUCAACUUCCCAAACAGCGCUAUCAGCCAAGUGACCUGCAUGCUGACAAGGCUCCAAACAGCCAUGUCAAAUACGUCUGGAAAAUGCUUCAGUCUCUGGGCAGACCAGAACUCCACAUGGCCCUGGAUGUUGUUCUGGUGAGGGGCUCCGGCCAGGAGCAUGAAGGGUGCUUGCUGCUGACAACAGAAGUGCUCUUUGUGGUGAGCAUCAGCGAGGACACACAGCAGCAGGCCUUUCCCGUCACCGAGAUAGACUGUGCCCAGGACAGUAAGCAAAGCAACAUCCUCACCGUGCAACUCAAGCAAACAAGAGUGGCCUGUGAUAUGGAGGUGGAUGGAGUUCGAGAGAGACUGUCAGAACAACAGUACAACAGACUUGUGGACUAUAUUGCAAAGUCAUCUUGUCACAUGGCCCCCAGCUGCUCUUCCAUUCAAGUACCAUGCCCUGUAACCGCUGUGGAACCACCCCCGUCCACUGUUAAAACAUACAACUAUCUGGCUGACCCACAUUUUGCUCAGGUCUUUAUUAGUAAAUUUACCAUGGUGAAAAAUAAAGCCCUGAGGAAAGGAUUCCCCUAAAUCUGUUAUAAGGAGUUACUUACUGCGUUUUUAGACAAGAACCCCAGAGCUAGUUGCAAUUCAACACGGACAUGGGGCCAACACUUUUCUAGUUGCAAGUAUACCAAUUUUCUAGACAUUUCUGAAAUUUUCUCCCUAAAACAAGAUGGAUUUUUAAAAAUCCAUUUUUCAACAAAAUCCUAAACAUGUUCUAUUUCUACUGCACAUAGAAAACAUUCCUUUUUUUGCUCCAGAGUGCCACUUGCAAAUUUCCAAUAUGUGGAUCUAUUAUUAUUCAGCUCUACAGCAAAAUGUGAUUCAGAUUUAGAAUGCAUCUGUUCUGGAACAGGGAUGAUAUCACUACUUAUCCUGUAUCUGCCAAGGUUCAGAUUCUGGAAAUGAAAUGCUUAGGACUUAGUUCAACUUCUUGGAUUUGUCGAAAUUUGCAAUGCAGUUCUUUGAGUGAUAGCUGCCUUGUAUAUUGCCUUCACGGUCUGCAUUUUACUGAACUUAACUCUUAACUGUCCAGGUAAUUUUAUAAAGUCUUAGUAGACAAGCUAAAUAGUACAUUUUUUUCUAUGAAAAGACAUGAAGUGCUCAGGUAAUCUCAGGAAUUAAGAACCCCAAUGAUAAUAUCAGUUCAGAUAGUUUUCUUGGACAAACUGACUUGACAAAGCAAUGAACAAGUCUGGCAAAUAUUAUUUGGCAUCUACAAAUGGGUUUAACUCAAAGAUCUGAGGUCACUGGAUCUUAAAAUGCUUGGUAAAUAUCUCAUGGUCCAAUUAAUUUAAACAUGCCCACUGACUGCAUUCACAUUUGGCCCUACAACUUUUUGCUAUCAAUUGUCAGGGUAAAAAUGCUAUUAUGAAAGCUCUCUGAUUUAACUCAGAGGUUAUUGGCAUGUCACCAUUAUAUUAUAAUGUGGUUAGUGGAAAAACAGGCUAACGGACAUUCAAGCUGAAUAUGAAAAAUGGCUUUGAUUUAGGAAAGUGACUUUUGGUCAACCUCAAGGAUAUUUUUAAGGAUGUGAAUAUGUACUAACUCUUGUAUGUGUACGUUUUAUGUAUUUUGCAUACUCUCAAGUAUUAUAAAAUUAUUUAAAAUAAAAUGUCCUGGAUUACUAUGUAAA